UCGAGUGACGUGACGUCACGGACAUCCAUGUGUCAUACCCCAAACAAGACAUCGCAACGUGGAGGAACGUUCAGGAUGUCGUCGUUCAUGACAACAACAGCGACUACUGCCGCAUCAACUGUAGUUCAACUAAACGGUGUCCAAGCAGCUGGCCACACACCAGCCUCAACGACAGCCUGGACAUCAUUUAAAGCCCUGGCCUCCACUGUUCAGGAAAACAGGUUCCUCGUCGGUGCUUCAUUUGUUGCAGGAAUAGCAACAUCUGCCGGUGCCUACCUGCUGUGGAAGAGGGUGAUCCAGUCUUAUGCCAUUCCAGCCUUGCAGACACUGAGUCAUUGGUCACGUGGGUCUGAUUUAGAUGUGUCAAGUUCAAGGUCAUCUAAUGACGUCUAUGAAUCUUUGUCUGAUUUGCACUCGUUCUCAAAAUGUUCAAUACUAACCGAGGAAGAAAAGACCAAAGAUGUGGACGACCUCGAACCUGGUGCAGCUGCUGAUUGCGUUGCGUGACAUGGAGUGUGGGUGGGAUAGCUUUCCUUCAGGCCGGUAGGGUGGGAUGGGAUAUUGGGGGCGUGAUAGGUGAGGUGAGGUGAAAUGGGGUUUAACGUCGCGUC